AUGGCUGCUUCAGAAGCUGUGUCUGAAAAAUCAGAAUAUCCCAUAUUAGAGAUCACCAGGCAAAAUUUUUUUCAAGAAGCAAAAGCUCUCAUCGCCCAACAUAAUGAGAAAAUAAAUGAGGGUAAAACUCAUGGUACUUCCAUAAAUGUUUUUAGAAAUAAACACCAAAAAACAAAAUCUGCCAGAUUCUUACCUUUGGAGAUUAAAAAGGAAACGUUUGAUAUCAUCCAAGAACUACAGACAGCACACAAAAAUUUAUAUUUUCUCAAAGAACCCAAAGAUCUUUCCCAAAAGGAACAUAUUGAGGAGUCUUCACGAAAAAUUUCUUUCAAGGAGCCAUGCAUUUUUAAUAUAAAAGGAAAAGGCAAGGAAUCUGUAGAUCAAGUUGUGAAAGAACAAGUUAAGCUGGGUGAAAUACUAACUGAUAUUGAAACAGUGAGUAAAAAAAUGGAGAAAGGAAAGUACCACCACCCUUUGAAGCCCAGGAUCACACCUUUCAACUGUUACUACACCACACUCACCCCUAAGGCACCUGUAGUUGUCUACCACAGUCACAAUUUUGGACUCACAUUUCUUGCCCAGUUUGCAAUCCAUCAAGAUCUCUCCCACGCGACUUCUGAAGGGGAAGGGGUGAAAUCUGUUCCAAGUAAAAUGGAAAAAAUUGACAAUAAAGUUAAAAGGAUUGGGCCACACAUAGACAUUUUCCAAGUGUUCCGGGAAAACAGCAAAUUGCAUAUUAAUAAAAAAACAGUCAGACUGGUCAUCACCAUGCAGGCCUACGUCAGAGGGUGGCUCGAACGCAAAAGGUUCCAAAGAAUAAUGACCAAGGCUUUGUAUCAUGGACCAAAUUUGAAAGCAGUUAUAAAUAUGUAUUGCAAACUAAUCCAUCGUGUUAAACAUCGACUUGGUCUUUGGAGAACAAAACAAGUUAUAGACUUACCAGAACUGGAAGAAUGGAUGGACAGAAAAAAAUAUUACGAAAUAAUGUUCGCUAAGAGAGAAGAAUGGCAAGGAAUAGAAAGAAGCGAACUUCUCAAUUACUUCAAUGAUUGUGGUCAUUUCCCAACUCAGGAGAAAAUCGAUGACGUUUACCAGCUGGUCUACAGUGAAAAUCUUCAAAAAUUUCCUGAUAUCAUCACAAAACCCAAAGCCAUUGAAAUGUUAUUUACACUCUAUCCUCCUCAAGGAGCCCAUGUACAUAAUAACACAAAACGACUUAAGUCAACUUGGCUGAGACCCAUAGUGAAUGGGGAAGAGGGAUACAGAUACAUAGACUGGCUCUUUUCACCUCAACAUUCUAAAAAAUACAUUACUAUCUUUGGUGUUCUUCCACUGCUUAUUGAUUGUCUUAUUGGCCAUUCUUGCUUCCUCAGUGCCAGGAGCCCACUUGUAGCAGGCCUGCUCACUCGUUUCCUUCCAUCUGUCAGUAUCUUCAGUGUGGCCUCUUCUCCUGUGUCCCCUUCCACUUGGGCUUGGGAGCCACCAGCGACCUUCAGUGUUACUACCUGGCAGUGCCUGCUAGUGAAGUGCACAAGCUCAGCUUCCUGUUAUCCUGAGCCUGGGUGGCUCCUGCACAAUGAGACUUCUCAGAGUCACCAUGGGCAGCCCCCGGAUCCCAUUCUUCACACCACAGUAGGCUGCAGUUUGUUCAUAAGGUUACAGAACCGCAGGGCAAGGAACAGGGCACCCAGGAUACCUCCUCCCUGCUCCUGCUCUGGUCCGCUCCACCAGUCCAAUUCGGAUUCCCUGCGCGUUGAAAAGGUUCUCCUGUCAUCACACAGUCUUCCUGACCAUCUGGUCCAUGUGCUAAGUUCUUCAGUUUCUGGUUUUUUGGAUCCUCAAAAUGCUCUACAUUCUGUGCUAAGCUGUAGCCUUCCAAGUGGAACCUUUCCUUUGGAAAAUAUUGUUUUUGUGUUGUUUUAA